CACUGACCACAAGCUUCAGACACAUGAACCAUACAUUGUGAUUAAGUAGACGACGAACUGGUGAAUUACGAGCGUAUCGCGAUGGUGCAUCAAGCUCAGGGGCAGCUCGUGCAGGAGGUGGCCGCCGACGGCGGGCUCCGCACACUGCCGAGCCGCUACGUGCUAAAGAAGGAGCAGGAUCGCCCGAUCGCCACGGUCACCACCGCACAGCCACCCGAGCUGUCCAUCCCCACCGUGGACGUGAGCCGCCUGGCCGACGCCGAUCCCGACGAGGCCGCCAAGCUCCGGUCGGCGCUCCAGUCCUGGGGCCUCUUCGCGGUGACCGGCCAUGGCAUGCAGGAGCCGUUCCUCGACGCGGUCCUCGGCGCGUCGCGGACGUUCUUCCACCUGCCGACCGAGGCGAAGCAGCAGUACAGCAACGUGGUCGACGCCGACGACGGCGGCCGCAAGUUCCAGCCCCAGGGCUACGGCGUCGACCGCGUGGACACCGACGAGCAGGUGCUCGACUGGUGCGACCGCCUCUAUCUCCAGGUGCAGCCGGAGGAGGAGCGGAAGCUCCGCUUCUGGCCGGCGCACCCGCCGGAACUCAGCGAGCUCCUGCACGAGUUCAGCGUCCACAGCCAGAAGGUGGCGAGGCUCGUGCUGGCGGCCAUGGCGAGGAGCCUCGACUUCGAGGAGGGGUUCUUCCUCGACAAGGUCGGCGAGCGCAUGCCGUCGGACGCGCGGUUCACCUACUACCCGCCCUGCCCACGCCCGGACCUCGUGCACGGGCUCAAGCCCCACACUGACAACUCCGUCGUCACCGUGCUCCUCCUCGACGAGCACGUCGGCGGCCUGCAGGUUUUCCUCGAGGAAGGCGGCGGCUGGGUCGACGUGCCCGUGCUCGGCGGCGGCCGACACCAGCUGCUAGUCGUCGUCGGUGAAGAGAUGGAGAUCAUGAGCAACGCGGCGUUCAGGGCCCCCGUGCACCGCGUGGUGGCGCCGGGCGAGGCGACGGAGAGGGUAUCGCUCGCGGUUUUCUACCAGCCGGAGCCGCACAGGGUUCUCGAGCCGUCGCCAGAGCUGGUCGACGGGGAGCGGCCGGCGAUGUACAAGAGGCUCGAGGCCAAGGUUUUCGCCAACGGCUUCUGGGACGCCUUCGCGCUCGGCGAACGCACCAUCGACUUCCUUAAGGUCAAGGUUGACGUCGCCGGCGAUCAGCCUGCGGCGGUGGCGGUUUCCGGCGCUUGAUCGUUUCAGAGAUUCCGAGGGGCGUUCCACCGAUAAAUUCACAUAUAUGCUCGCACGAAUGCAGUGUUGAUUGUAUCUGUAAAUUAUACUCCGUAUGUGUGUACUUUCCGUGCUGCGCAUGUAUCCAUCGUUUCCAUCCCAAUUCAACUGAAUAAAUGCCACUUUAAUUCGAA